AUGCUAGGAAAUAAAAAUAAUUUAACAUAUGAAGGUAAUUAUCUUAUUAAAUAAUAAAAGAGAGAUAUCAUAGCGAUUAAAAAAUACAACAAAAUAUUGUUAUCCUAUAUUUGAUAUCAGUCUUUACUUAUUCAUUAGCAAUUGUAUUGCUAUCCUAUUCAUAAUAUAUCAAUUUUAAUUCCACACUUCCAACAGACUUUUAAUUAUUAAUUUACAAUUGGGAACAAAGUCCUAUCAAAUCUCUUAGAAUUGCAGAAGAAAAUGAUAUAAAUAAAGUUUCUGCAUCAUUUUAAAAUCAAAAAAUUCAAACUUAUAGAAUUGACAAUGAAAAUUUAGCUUUGACUAUUGAAAAACUAGAUUCCUUCACUUUUGUUAACAAUUAUACACUCGAAUCUGAUUGUGAUUAGUAAUAUCAAUUAUGUGGAGGUGUUGAACUGAAUUCCAAAUAUUGUAUAAACUUAAAUUAAAUUACCUCUACUUUCUAAUGUCCUUUUAAUGAUAUCUUAAUUUAAUAGAACUUUACUAAUGGUUAUCUUAAAAAUCAAAGUGUUAAUCUAUAAAACUUUACCAAUUAUUUUUAUGAAACAAAAUUACAAUUAAGAAAAGGUUCUGUAAAUAAAACUAUAAUGGUUUUAUCUUCUGUUUAAUCUAGAUAACCUAUAACUAAUUUAAGAUUUGGAUUUAAUGGUUAGGUUUGUAAAGAUUUAAAUGAAUUUCAAGAAUGUUCAGAAUCCUUAUUAAACUACAAGGAAAUUACAAAAAUGAAUGCAUCAGAAGUACUUGAUUUAAAUACAAUUACUAAUAUUAAUAAUAUUACUAUCAAUGAUACUAUUGGAUUAUAUGCUGAAAGAUAUAUUGAAUUCAAUAUGGAUUGCAGAUACACUCUAAUAGAAAGAGUUUUAGAAAGUCCUGAUUACUAUAAGGAAUUGGGUUAUAUAUUGUAUAUUCAAACACUUUUUACUUUAGUAUAUUGUAUAUUUAUUGGUAUAAUCCUUAAUUUACUACACUUUUUUAUGCUGUCUGAUUUUACUUUUAUACUAGUUCUGCCAAUAAUGAAUCAGAAACAAGUUAAAAUAAUAAGAAGAAUAAUUUAUGCUAUUAGAAUUGCUUCCUUUUUGUCUUAUGGUACUAUCAUAUGUUUGUUGUAUUUUUAUGAAGCUCAAUUUCAUGAUACCAUUAAUAGAAUUGUAAGAAGUCGUUGUUUAGAAAAUGAUUUUUUAUAUAUAAUGAGUGAUACAUUAGAUGAGAUUGAUAAAUUUAGAUCAAAUUAAAUUGCAAUCUUUUGGAUUUUUGUAGUUAGUUUGAUUUUAGAAGUUUUUGCUUGUUUUAUUAUUGUUUAUAGAGGAGCUAAUGUUAAGAAAAAGAAUUUAUUGUAAAAAUGUAUAUAUAUUUAUUAAUCUAUUAGAGUAUGAACAUGAAUUAGAAAUUAAGCAUGAUGAAUAACAAUAUUUAUUUAAGACUGAUUAGAAAUAAACAUAAAAUAGAGUAUUACCUAGAUAAUCCUUUACUCCUAAUGAUAAAUAAGCAAUAAGAUAAUCAAUAAUAUCUGAUAAUUCAUCAUCAAGAAGAAAUAAAAAUAACAAUGUGUUAGCUGAUAUAAAUGAAUAAGAUGAAUUUUAAAAUUAAAGAGAAUCAAUUAAACCUGUUUUUUAACAUAACUAGUCUCCUCAUAAUACAAUGUAGUCUCCAAAUAAUUAUUAAGGAUAAAAAAUUUAGUUUAACUAAUGA